AUGCCAGCGCAUAGACUUCAGACUCCAACAAGGGGUAGACCGACAAAUGACAGAAAACUCACGAUAUACACAGACGGCUCCUGCACCAACAACGGAAAAGAAAACGCAAAGUGUGGUGGCGGAAUCUGGGUGGGAGAAGACCAUCCCCUAAACCGAGCAAUAAGAAUCCCAGGCCCAGACCAAUCAAACCAGGCGGGCAAAUUAGCAGCCAUACUAGUGGCAUUACAAUCAGUAGACCCCCUAACUCCACUAACAAUAAUAACGGACUCACAAUACGUCAUCAACGGUCUGACUACACACCUGAAAGAAUGGGAAGACCAAGGAUGGAUCGGGAUCACAAAUAGCAAACUAUUUCAAGCUAUGGCAUAUCACCUAAGGCGAAGAUCAGCCUCGACCACCUUUCAAUGGAUCAAAGGACACAACGGGAACCACAGUAACGAGGGAGCAGACCAACUGGCCAAUGCCAGAACACAAAAAAACGACCCAGACACUAUCAACAUGUCUGUACCUCUGGAAUUCGACCUCCAAGGCGCAAAACUAAUGUCUAUGACACAACAAUUAGCAUACAGAGGGAUCUUAGCGAAGACCCACCUGGACUACAAGAAGACGACCCUUAGCCUGCUGGAUAUCACGCGCUACGCCAUUGAAACCGUCUCUAAAACAAUCGAAUCAGAUAAAACUAUAUGGACGAGUUGCAGAAACAAAGACAUCUCCAAAAAGGUACAAAUGUUCCUAUAUAAAACACUUCAAAAUGCAUACAAAGUAGGGGAUUUCUGGCUGCAGAUACCAACCUUCGAACAGCGAGCACGAUGCAGGAUAUGUGACGAGGACUCAGAGUCGAUGGACCACAUCCUCACUCAAUGCAAUAACCCCACAAGAACUACCAUCUGGGAGCUAGCGAAAAAUGUAUGGCCUGAUAAAUAUGAACAGUGGCCAAACAUCACAAUAGGCCUCAUUCUGGGCUGCGGGGCACUCACAUUCCCCCAUGAUCCAACAGACAUCGACCCAAAAAACAAAGCACAUGCCGCAGCCAAAAAGGGAGCAGCAAGACUACUCCGAAUUCUCAUAUCAGAGUCAGCAUAUCUGAUCUGGACCUUAAGAUGUGAGAGAGUCAUAAGGGAAGCCACCACCACAGAAAACAACAUCAUAAAAAGAUGGAUACACGCAAUAGAUAAACGACUGCAGAUAGACAGAGUAAUAGCAACAAAACACAAACGAAACCAGAAAGCAAUCGCGCAAGUCCAAAACACGUGGGCUGACGUAAUAACUAUAGACACACUUCUCCACAAAGACUGGGUGACCACCCUUGAGGUUUUAGUGGGUAUAAAGCUACCCAGGCCCCCGCAGACCGAGGUAACCAGGUAGUAUACGGAGUCCCACACUACUCUACGCAAGUAGAGUGUGCUUAAGUUGCAUUUUUCCUCGGACGACGCCUAGGCGUCGCUAUAAGCGUUUAUAUAGGGCCAGACGGUGUCGGUUGCUAUAUAAUAGACUCGCUUUUCCAAAGCACGU